CUAGAAAGCUUGAAGGCUAAUCCUGGUGAAAAAGAAAUGGAAGUAGCUAAAGCUAUUCAAAAAUCAGUUCAUAAAGGUGUCAAAAUUACAAUAACAAAUUCUGGAGGGAUAAACAGGCUUCAGUUUUUGCAGAACUUAGUUGACAACAUGCGUCAACGUUUGUUCAAAGACCAUGAAAAUAGUACAAUGUUAGAAGACCUAAAGGUGAUCGACGAAGUAUUUAAAACGGAAACCGACGACGCCAGAGGAGAAGAUGAAGUCAAAAGAGUGGCAUGUAGAUUUGGUUUAUCUGAGUUUGAAAGUGUUAUAGAUUUUCGUACACGUAAUGCUUAUUCUAGUCUGAUAAAAACGCUGAACAUACUCCCCACAACAACAGCUGAUUGCGAACGAGGGUUUUCCGAUAUGAACCUCACGAUAACUGAUUUAAGAACUCGUUUAACAAUUGAAAAUGUGUCAGAUUUGAUGUUCAUCUUCAUAAAUGGCCCUCCUAUUGCAGAUUUCAAUCCACGACCAUAUGUGAAGGUUUGGCUUCGAGAGCAUCGAUCGGCAGUCUCUGCAUUACGUGGUAAAAGAAGUGAGGAAAUAAAUAGACCAGCAAGGCAGAGAGUUCCAAAAACAAUUUUUUAUUAA